AUGGCACCACCAAAAUCAUUAAUAUGGACAUAUUUUACCAAAACAAACGAAGCAACUGCAAUAUGUAAACAAUGUUUUAAGUCGGUGAAGUAUUGUGGCAAUACAUCUAAUUCAUUCAAGCAUUCCAAAACUCAUGGAAUUAUUGUGGAUAAAGGCAAAUUGCAGAAAAAAACAGAUAAAGGGACAAACGAAAGUUCAAAAAGUACAAUUCAGUUAGCCAACUCAAAGUAUUCAAUGGAAGAUGAUCAAUCCCAACCAUCAACAUUAACUAGUAUGGAAACGGAUGGAAGUGGAUUUUUUCUGAGCCGUUCUAUAACGGAGGCUUUCGAUCGAAUUUCAUCUAAUAAAGAUAAACAUACACAUGGGACAUAUUUACUUAAUAAGAAAAUUAUUAAGAAAAGAAAAAGAAAACUAUUAUAA